AUGCAAACAAAUCGAUCACCUGUCGAAUAUUUGAAUUCAAUCGAAUAGUAAAUCCAAUUUCUGGAAGAAUAUUAUCUAAAAUUUGCAGAUGAGACUGACACUUAAAUCAUAUAGAAAUUUAUUAAAGUCUACAAAUACAUCGACGAAGCAUAUAAAAGUAGCUUCAUUACAGAAGAAGCAUUAUUUUAGACCUACGGCUUUUUCUACCAGACCAUCAAGAAAUUCACAAGGAAAUUGGAGAACAAAAUAUAUUAUGAUAAAACAGAUUACGAAGCUACUCUUGAAAAAUUUGAAAGAUUAUAAAUCAAAUUAAUUCCUCUCUAUAAGGAACUGAUUCUGGAUGCUCAAAAGCUUCAGAGGAUGGAUUUAGACACCCUUUUGGAUUCCAAUAUGGCUCAUCACAUUUACACUAAAAAAGAAUUGGGGUAAUUUUCCCUUUAAUUGUUUGAUUUCUUAAAUUUGGAUACUAUCAAAGUACCUAAAAAUGUUUUGAACGAUUUGAUAACAGAAAUCAUAAUGAAUUAUAAUGUAGUACCAUAUCAUAAUUUCACCCAUGCAUUCUAAUUAUCGCAAUUAUUAUUUUCCUGUUACAUGAAAUCAGACUUGAAGAAGUUUUGUAAUCAAUUAGAAAUAUUUUCUGCUAUUUUAGCCGGAUUAGGACAUGAUCUUAAUCAUAAGGGCGUCAAUAACAUGUACAAGAUAAAGAAAUCUAAAAAAUUCAAUGUGUUAACUUCAGAGAUCGCAGUUUUAGAAAAUAUGCAUUGUGCAACCUUUUUUAAUAUCAUUUAAUUAAAUAGAUAACAUGACUUUUUCUAAUAUAUGACUAAUGAUGAAGAAAGAAACCUAGCCAAAAGAUUAAUUAUAACCUCCAUUCUAGCAACUGAUAUGAGUAAACAUAAUAAAUUGCUUGCAAAGUUUUAGAAGAGAGUCGAAUCCACAAAAUAAUUUGAAUAAGGAGAAAAGAAUGAAUUAAUAGAUAUGUAACGAUUUUCAAAUGAAAGACUCGAGGAUCGAAUAUUCAUUUUAAAUAUUAUGGUUCAUGCAUGUGAUAUAUCCAAUCCAACAAUGAAAUUCAAUAAUUACAUGAAUUGGUCUUACCUUUUAACCUAAGAAUUUAAUGAUCAAGUACAACAUUUUAAUAAUCCUCUUUAGACUAUCAAAGAAGCCAAAGUUGGAGUAGAUGUCACAGGAUUCUUAGUUUACAAAGACAAACCCGCUUAUUAUGGAGGCUAAAUCUUUUUUUCAAAAACUUUUGUUUUCCCUUUGUGGUUCCAAAUUGGAGAGAUGUACCCAGAACUCAAAUAUUUAUCAGAAGAAAUCAAUAAAAAUUUAGAAAUUUUAUAAUAAAAACUCAAAUAAUAAUGA